AAAGUCCAUCAAUGCGAACAGCUGUUUUCGGCUGUUGUCGCGUGCAAUUGGUUUUUUUUACUCGACUUUUGUUUAGCCAAUUUGUAAAUUUUUUAAAAUGCUGUGCACUCGGGCAGUAGCACGAGUAGGAAGUGCUGCCAGCAAAACAUGGGUAACACAGCCGACAAUUAGGAAAACUCAUGCGAAAUUUUCGGUUUUCGAGCAAUCCUGCCGUUUGUGUUCCUCCACCGGAGUUGUGGAUAGCCCAAAUAAGACAAAGCCCGGCACAGGAGCGACUCCCGGAGCCGUAGAAGACGGCAUUCUUAAACGAGUGCUAACUAAAGUGGGAUUCGCACCGAACACAAAAGCUCGCCUCAAGGUAAGCAGCCACCUGCUGUACGAGAGUGUGGCUGACAAGAUCAACUAUGUGGUCUUCUUUCGCGACUUUAAUCUGCCCAACACCUUCAACUCCUGGUUCCUCGUCACGGAGCUGCAUGUGUGGCUUCUGCUGAUGCGCUCCAUGGCCGAGGGCUCUGAGACGGGUGAGGACGGACGUUUCCUGCGCAACUGCAUCGUGGAGGCCAUGUGGGGCGAUGUCAACACCCGUGCCAAAAAGUUGGGAGCCCACAAUCCUUCCCGCACCCGGCAGCAGAUCGAAACGUUAUCCGAGCAGUUUCAGGCAGCUCUUAUUGCCUACGACGAGGGCAUUAUGUCCGAUGACCGAGUACUGGCCUCUGCCCUGUGGCGCCGUUUUUUUGAGAUGAACUGCGAGGAUUACGCCCAAAUCGAGCGGCUGGUGAAGUAUGUCCGCCAGCAGGCAGCCAUGCUUGACAAUUUGCCGCGCGAUCAGUUUAUUAUCAAGCCCAAGGUAGCCUGGCUGGAUCUAGACAAGUGCAAGGCGUAAUCUUAGUUUCUGUUUUUUAUUUUUAAUAAAGUUAAAGCGAGUAUGUGAAGUUA